GCUUGAUCACAUGUAGAGCUAGCUUCCUUUUAUUAGCCACGUCAUGUAAACUUAGCAGUGGAAGUAGUUAAAUCAAGGCAGCCAGGGGUCGCACACUUCGGGGGGGAUCGAUCGUUUCUUUUGUAGAGAGGGGGGGUCUUGUCUUCGAGGAUAUAAAUAGGUAUUAAAUCAUAUGGAAAGAUGUCGGAUCUCGGGGACUGGUUCAGAAGCAUCCCUCUCAUCACCCGGUCUUGGUUCGCUGCCUCGAUAGCUGUUCCCUUAUUUGGGAAACUAGGACUUAUCGAUUUAAGGCACCUCGUCCUGGUCCCGGAGCUGAUCUUCUACAGAUUUCACCUCUGGAGGCCGGUGACAUCCACCUUGUAUUUCCCCGUAAACCCCCAAACUGGGUUCCUGUACAUGGUCAACCUGUAUUUCCUCUACCACUACUCCUCUCGGCUUGAGACAGGGGCGUUUGAGAGCAGACCUGCAGACUAUGUCUUCAUGCUCCUCUUCAACUGGAUCUGCAUUGUUAUAACUGGGAUGCUGAUGAACAUGCGGCUACUCAUGAUCCCGCUGAUCAUGUCAGUGUUGUACGUCUGGGCUCAGUUCAAUAAAGACACGAUCGUGUCCUUCUGGUUCGGAACACGAUUUAAGGCACAUUAUCUACCUUGGGUCAUCUUGGUCUUCAACUUCAUCAUUGGAGGCUCUUUUGUGAAUGAACUUACGGGCAACCUGGUGGGUCACCUCUACUUCUUCCUCAUGUUCAAAUACCCCAUGGACCUGGGUGGACGCUCCCUCCUCUCCACACCAGAGUUCUUGCAUCGUUUUUUCCCUAACAGGAGGGGAGGGGUGUCGGGCUUUGGAGUCCCUCCCACCAGGAGACCGGCCGCCCAGGAGCCGGCGGCAGGAGGCGGCGGGGGAGGAGGAGGAGGAGGAGGACGCUACAACUGGGGCCAAGGCAACCGCCUGGGGGGUGAAUGAGAGGAGAUGGCUACACCCUCCUCCUCAGCUCCCGACAAAUAAAAUGGCCGUGCGGCUGACGGUUCAAGUUAAAAUGCUUGCUUCUUCACAUUCUUCUGUUUGUGGGAAUUAAAAAAAAAAAACUCUUACCUUGAUCUUAUUUGAUUCAACUUCAUGUUGAGUUUUAAAGGAUAUGACAGGCUGAAAUUUGAGGAAGCACGCAUUUUAUCUGAGAAAGCAGCACACAGCAGGACUCUGACUCUGGCUGUGGGCUCAGUUCACCAAGCAAAGCCAGCGCUCUACUACUCUACUCAACUACUGCGGAUGAGUCCAUGUUGAAGCAGAUAGAACACAUGAAUAAAUUGUUUCUUUUUGGG